CCCUUUAUCUAUAGUUUCUAUUGCGAGUUCUUUUUCAAAGUUGUUUUUUUGGUAUACAUAAAACUCACCAAGCCCUCUGUUAAUACCAGAAAGCUUCAGCAGCUCUUCCUCCCAUUCUUUCCACACCCCCUCCUUACCCCUUUCCUUUCUGCCCUGUCUCUCCACCUGCUUGCUGUCAAAACGCCAAACAAAGAGCGUCUCCACCUCUCUGCUCCCCCAGCUGUUGCUGGGAGGGCUUAGGUCCGGGAGAAAUAAAAGAGAGAGACAUUUAUGUUCCGCCCCCAAAAGCUGUGCAGACAAUCCUAACAGGAGGCAGACGAGCCGGGCUUUCUCACAGAAAGUGACACUGAACCACAGAGAGCAGAGGAAUCAGCUCCAAACAAGGGUCAAGUUGAAACCCGGUAUCUUGAUCAACGGCUGUCACCUGCUUUGACACGUCCUCUCUGAUCCCCCUCAGGGAUUCCCAGCAGGACGAGGAAAGAAACGCCCAGUCUGAGCUCCACCAUGGUCCUGUGUGAGGAUGGCGAGUGCAGUGUCUGCCUCCUGCCUUACUCCCGCACAGACAGGAUCCCCCGGGUGCUCCACUGCAGACACACCUUCUGCGAGCUGUGCCUGGAGACCAUAUCCCGGGUCAGGAGCGGCCUCCUCACCGUGGCCUGCCCCCUGUGCCGCCGGGUGACCUGCAUAGGCAGAGGCCUCAGCCUGCCGGAGGCCCUGUGGGUCAACAGCAAGCUGUGGGAGCAGAUACCACAGCUGCUGACAGAGGAGGAGGAGGAUGGAGAGAAAGGAAGAGCCGAGGUGGAGAGGAUGGAGGCUAAACAGCAGCCCUCAUUACAAGCAGAGUGCGGUUCCUCCAGGCCUUCUUCCACGAGGCUCAGACUGCCGGCCAUCUUCAGGAGGUUCAGCUGGACCAAGCAGCAGCGGGAGACCAUCAUCCCUGACAGCAACGUAGAAAUGAAAUCAUGGCGCAGACUCUCAGCGGAUGAUAUCUUUUAAGGAAUUACAUUUUACAGCAAAGAAAAGGAAA